GCUUGAGAUGCGCAGCUUCGGGGUGAAGGUCAGUGUGAUCGAGCCAGGCUACUUCAAGACAAUGAUCACCAACAUGGAGAGCAUGGAGAAUAAUUUUGUUUCCAUCUGGGAGAAGAUCCCAAAGGAAACCAAAGCAAGUUAUGGGGAGAAUUACUUGAAGGAGUUUUUGGUAGAGGUCAGGAAGAUGCAGAAGAAAUGCAACUCCAACCUGACGCUGGUCACGGACUGCAUGGAGCACGCGCUGACCAGCUGCUUCCCACGCACCCGCUACUCCGCAGGCUGGGAUGCCAAGCUGCUCUACAUCCCCCUCAGCUACCUGCCCUCGGCCUUCACGGACGUUGUACUCAACUGGUCCUACCCCAAACCUGCCCAGAAAGUCUGA